AUGAGGCAAAUCAGCCAUGAAUUACGUUGUAUUUGUGCCAUACAUUCCGACGAGGGACAAACAAUCAUCAGUUCUCCUGGAAAUGUUGAUGCAAUUACUCGCAAAUGCCUAAGGGAAGCUCUGCAUAAGAAUCUUGUGAAAGUUUGCCCAGCGGACACUUGGACCGGCAACUGCCAUCUAUCUAACUGCCCCUAUCCUAUUCUGAUCAACAAUAAGCACCAGAUCCAGCUAGAAGAUCUUAACAAAGUGCUUGUGAAGGCGAUAACCGACAUUGUCUCAAGAUGGUGGAUAGAUGCAACGGCGAAGUUCCCGGAACGUAUGCCUCUGCAACCCAUGGAGGAAAAGCUACUUCGUUGGCUGGAGGCACAGAAUAUAGAUUCCAUGCGGCCCUUUACAAAGUUUUGUGGAUCUUGGAGACCGGACUUUCUAAUCGAGAAGCAAACUGGCCUGGCCAAUAAAGAAGCUGAAGCCUUUCGCAUCUGCGAGAUCAAUGCCCGUUUCUGCUGGAAUGGCUAUAUGAUGAGCGCAUUAGGCCAGAAAGCUCUCCUAGAUAUGGGCAUUUGUCGCAACGGAAUCGUCGGUGGAACAGAUCCACGAAAGAUUAUUGACGGGCUCCAACAGUUGUACAAUCCCGAGAUUCCUCUUUACCUUCUGAAGGGUGACGAACACGGAUAUGAUAUUCAUCUAUAUACUCAUUACGCGAGGAACGUUCUUGGACAACACAUACGAUUCAUCACGCCUGAUGACUUGAUAUUGAUUCCCUGUAAUCAGUCUUCACAUGGAUACAAGCUAUGCUGUGUGGCUGAUCCUCAGUUCCUAGUCGACGGGGCGGGAGUUACUUUAUUGCGCAAUGAAGCUGGUGAAAUCGUUGAAGAGAUUCACCAGGUGGGACUAGAGCUGCAUCAAAGAGAGAUUCUUGGCCUCAGUUACGAGAUGCUCCAACAACUCAGUCUGCGGUGCUUCAACGAUAUGCGCACUUUGCUUCUGGUCCAUGAUAAGCGUAUGUUGGGCAUUGUGUUGGAAGAGCUUGAUUCUCUCAUGGCACGAAAGGUUCUUCUACCUACUGAAGCAAGUUUGCUCAAAAAAGGAAUAUGCCACACAAUACUUCCUGGAUCCACCAAGAUGGCUAGGUUCAUCGAAAUGUGUCGCCUCCAGCCAAGCUUCAAAGAUGACUACAUUCUUAAGCCGGUAAGAGGAGGGAAAGGAGAAGGAAUUAUCUUUGGGGACAAUGUGACAUAUGAGUCAUGGAUGUCCCGUCUCGAAGAGUUGACAUCCCCAUACCUGUCUCCCAACGGAUCUACAAACGUCGUUCAACGUAACAUCAGACAAGCCAAGUAUGAUGUUCUUCUUAGAGAACAUGUGGGGAUACAGAGUCUCCCCCUCGUCGGGACUUACCAUAGUGUCCACGGGGAGUUCCUAGGUAUUGGAGUUUGGCGCAGCAGCCCAGGUCCGAUAUGUGCAAUUAGCCAUGGUGGUGCAUGGAUGUGCUCUAUGAUACAGACGGGCUCUUGA